AGUCGAUUCCUCUCUGUGGGUGGGUUUAAGCUUCUUGCAUCACAGACUUCACACAUUUUAUGGAAGGCAAGCAACUAAGGCAAAGGUUCAUGCUACCGCUUUAAACCUCAGCAUCUGCAGUUGUAUGUCUGAUGCUUGACUCUUUUGCGUGUCUGGAUUAAUCCUGACUGAAUCAUGUCAGACAAUAUUCUGGAAGAAAUCUUCAUUAAACGAUCUCAGCAGAAGAAGAAGACCUCUCCUUUAAACUACAAGGAGAGAUGGUUUGUUCUUACCCAAGAAAAAAUAGCCUACUAUGAUUUUGAUCCUGACAAAGGGAAGCGAAAAGGUUUGAGAGGAUCAGUUGACCUUGAGAAGAUCAAGUGUGUAGAGACUGUCCAGCCUGAGCCCAAUGCCCCACAAGAGCGCAUGUAUGCAUUCCAGAUCGUUUAUGAUGAGGGGCCACUGUACAUCUUUGCAAAGACUGAGGAUGUUCGGGCUCAGUGGAUAAAGAAGCUGAAAGACAUGGUGCGCUUCAACAAGGAUCUCAUGCAGAAGUACCAUCCUUGUUCCUGGAUGGAAGGGAUGUGGCUGUGCUGCCACCAGGAAGUUAAACAAGCAAUGGGUUGCAAGGUGCUGGAUAAUAAGAACGGCUUCACAUCUAAACCAUCUCGGCGAAGGGGAUCCAGAAAACCUCUUCCUCCUACCCCAACAGAGGAGAAGCCUGAUCGGCCUUUACCUCCACAGCCUCCUGAGCGACCUGGCCCCUCUGUAGGCAUGACUGUCAUAGCAGAGUAUAGUUACACACCCAUGACACCCCAAGACCUCGAGCUGAGGAAGGAUGAAGAGUACACCAUCCUGGAGAUGUCUGAUCAAAACUGGUGGAGAGCCAAAGACAAAUAUGGAAAUGAAGGAUAUAUACCUAGUAAUUAUGUUGUGGAAGCAGAAAAUGGGCUAGAAAGAUUUGACUGGUAUUGCAAGAAUAUGAACCGUAGCCAGGCAGAAAAGCUGUUAAAGACUGAGAACAAAGAUGGAGGCUUCUUGGUACGGGACUCGAGCAAGGCUGGAAAAUACACCGUGUCUUUGUUCAGUAAGGGUGGCGGGGAAACUGGUGGAAGCUGCAGACAUUAUAACAUCUGCACUGCCCCACAGGGACAGUUUUACCUGGCAGAGAAGCAUAAUUUCGACACCAUCCCAGAGCUCAUCAACUACCACCAGCACAAUGCAGCAGGUAUGGUUAGCAGGCUGAAAUACAUUGUAUCCAACCGGGCACGGCCUCCAUCAACAGCAGGGCUUGGCUAUGGUGUGUGGGAGAUUGACCCCCAUUACCUCACCUUCAUCAAGGAGCUGGGCACUGGUCAGUUUGGAGUGGUGAAGUAUGGAAAGUGGCAGGGCCAGCAUGAUGUUGCCAUAAAGAUGAUCAAAGAGGGCUCCAUGUCUGAAGAUGAUUUCAUAGAAGAAGCCAAAAUCAUGAUGAAGCUUCGCCAUGAAAACCUGGUCCAGCUGUACGGCGUGUGCACCAAACAAAAGCCAAUUUAUAUAGUGACAGAGUUCCUUGCCAAUGGCUGCCUGCUGACGUACCUCAGGGAGGGCCUGAAGCAGCACCCAACAGCUGUCCAGCUCCUAGAGAUGUGUAAAGACGUCUCUGAGGGCAUGGCCUAUCUUGAGUCAAAGCAGUACAUCCACAGAGACCUGGCUGCCAGGAACUGUUUAGUAGAUGGCAAUGGCACCAUCAAAGUGACUGACUUUGGACUAUCAAGGUAUGUCUUAGAUGAUGAGUACACAAGCUCAGCAGGUUCCAAGUUCCCAGUUCGCUGGUCACCUCCUGAGGUCCUCCUCUACUGCAAAUUCAGCAGCAAGUCAGACAUAUGGGCAUAUGGGGUUCUUAUGUGGGAGGUGUACACUUUGGGACGGCUUCCGUAUGAACGCCUUAACAACACGGAAAUAGUGGAACAGGUGUCCCAUGGCCUCCGCCUCUACCGCCCCCAGCUGGCCAAUGAAAAGGUCUACAGCAUUAUGACAAGCUGUUGGCUUGAUAAAGCAGAUGAGAGACCCACCUUUGAGGAGCUGGCUCUGACUGUUCAGGAUUUGCUGUAUGAGCUCCAGUAGAUCUCAAAAUAAUCCACGCCAGCACACACACAAACAGUUCACUCUGAUCUCCCCUCAGAGCAGCAUCUUCGUAUGUCCCUGGAAAGUUAACACAAUCAUUAAACCAGUUAAUAGCAUAAACACGGGACUGCACAGCCACACUGAGGUGUAAUGUGAAUAUGUGUAAUGAUAAUAAUAGCCUCUCUAUCACAUUAUUAGAAGUACAGUCCUACAGACUAGCAUUUAAAAUGUGUAUAUUUUAUUGAAGGUCUUUAUUGUAUUCUGUGUAUUGUAUUAUGUGGAAUCAUUCUGAAAUGGAGAUAGCUUUGCAUAUUGAAACAAGCUUUUUGUGAAAACAUAUCUAUUGCACGAAUAAAAGCCAAGUAUGCCAGGCUUUGAA